AUGCACUUUAUUUCAAAAGAUCAAGGCUAUUUGCUUCUAUACAUAAAGGUACUCUUUGGUAAUAACAAGCCGUUUAGACACAUAGACCUCUACAUAACACUCGCUGAGUCGUGUAUAAUACGCAUUAGUAAAGCAGUAGGCUUACCAGAACAGAGUGUUGAGCACGUUCAACAUUUAUAUCUCGUAUUUUAUCAAAAUAGUUUUCGAACGCUAGAACAUAGGGGUAGUGAAAAGACCAAGCAAGUUUAUGUCAUCUACCGUAUCCAUAUCCGUCGUGGUGGCCGUAUGGGACCUGUCCCCGAUGCAAAUACAGUUGACCCCCUCCAUUCAAUCGAAGUCAUGCUAUGUUCUACUGCCUUUCUUAUCAAUAUACAAAGAAUAGGCGAAAUAGUAAUGUGCUUGACAGUUUUCGUGAUCUUUAUCCGUCCAUCUCUUAUUUCAAUAAUUUUUUUUGCGAGCUCGAAAUGCUUAUCCAUUGAAUGCAAUGGUCGUAGAUGGAUAAUUAUGCGAGCUAGUAAAAUCAUUUGA